AUGGCUCUGCCUCGAGCCAAAAAGCGCUCGGCUACUGUCUUCUCUCGCGAUGAAAUCGGUGUUGAGCAGCUACAGUCACUCAAGGAGAAGUUCGCCGAUGGCGACUUGACCGAGAAGGAGUUCGUGAGUCUCUUCCGAGAGAUCGUGGACGCCUCGCUCAGCGAGACACAACUCACUGAAUUAUUCCAGAAGAUCGAUGCGAAUUCCGAUGGAACGGUAGACUGGGACGAGCUCACCAAUUAUAUGUUCCUCAGCGGUAGCGGCAGUGAUGAAUACACUGGAGACGAUGGCAAUUCCUGCUAUGAAACUGCGUACCCAGAAAAAUACACAGGCGAUACUGCUGGAAGCACAGGAGUGGCCAUUCCGACUGACGUUAUGGGCAACGUGACAGGAGGUAGUGGCGGAUCACUUGGUAUGGGCUUACUACCACAUCACAAGGACGUGAUCACUCGAAUUGUACGCUUAGAACGACCCAGCGUCUACCUCACGACCAGUAAGGAUGGUAGCGUACGUACCUGGAGUGCGAAUACUCUAGCUCCACAGCAAGUGUUAGCUUCCGGACGUGACUGGCUUACAGACUGUUGCGUCAUGAAGCGUUCCAACCGACUGGCAGUGUCGUCCAUGAAUCGCACCUUGAGCUUCUACGACUUGAACUCUGGUCAACUCAUCGGUGACCUAGUGGACUAUUCAAGACGACAGUGUAUCCCGCUGUGUCUGGCUUACGUUGAAAGACCCUCGGACGAUCGUGAAGCCAUUGUGGUUGGCGACGACACUGGCGGCAUCUCGAUUUUUACCUGCUCGGAUCAAUGGUUAACGUGCGAUGGACGUUCUCCUCCACCUGGAUCUACUGCUACUUCGAACUCUACCAACGCUAAUAGCAACGCGACUACACCGACUAGCAACUCCAAUUCCAUGGGUGGUAACCCUGCCGGUAGUGCGAUGCUGGAAGCUCAGGGCUUUGCGUCGCGCGUCAAGUUCCAGAAGCACACGGACUGGAUCACUCGUGUUAAGUGGGUCAACGAUAUGCGAGCUGUAGUGGCGACGUCACUAGACGCCACUGUGUCGAUCCUAGACGUUGAUCGACUGGUGGUCAAGUUCGAGUACACUCGUCAUCGCAAGGGGGUGUUUGACUUGGCCUGGUGUGCCAGUACUCGACUGAUCGCUAGCUGCGGCAUGGAACGAGAUAUCCACAUCUGGAACCCGUACAGCUCCCAGCGAGCUGUCGCUACACUCAAGGGCCACACGAGCUCAGUGCUGCAUCUCGUGAGUGAUGACGAGAACUUCCAGAUCGUGUCGGCCGCUGCAGAUAACACUGUUAAACUCUGGGAUGUUAGAAACCACCGCUGUCUGCAGACAUUCAUCGUAGACCGGCACAGAGGAGGCAACUCGACUAUAUCUGCGUUGUUGUUUGAUGGUAAGAAACCGUGUCUUAUGACUGCAACGACGCAGCUCACUCGAUGGACAGUCAAGUCUACAGACGCAGGCUCACAAAGCACUAAACUACGAGGUGGUGCCCCCGUGGAGCGUCCUGUGCGUCUGGCAUGUUACAACAGCGUGUUCCAUCAAGUAGUGACGGCUGCGAUGGACGCCGAGUCUGCCAUCAAGACGUGGAGCGCAGAAACCGGAGAAGAGAUCUCAAGCUUCGCACAUCCACACGGUUUUAAUCCAGUUACCAGCAUCGCGUUCGAUCAUGCAGGACGCAGACUUCUGACGGGCUCACACGACGGCGAGCAGCUCAAGAUGUGGAAUUUCAGCAACGGAGCGCUGGUUAAACAAUUCCACAAGAAAGAACCUUCAGUUGUGAGCUCGUUAUUGUUCACGACUACAUCUGCAACGGCUGGAACAGUGGCCAGUACUGCGCCACUACCCGAUGAUCCGAACGGAAGCUCUGUAGCUGCUAUUGCGCAUAUACCUCGAAAGCGCAAGCCUCGAGACGUUAUGCUGCUGCCUGCAUCCUUUGGAAUGGAUCACGAAGGCCGACGAGGCAACUCUGCGUUGAUGGCACAGACAGAACUGCCGUCUCCGACACGUGUGCGUCUCCAACAUGGCCAAGAUCACCCCACACCGGUGCCUCCAGCCAAUUCAACGCCUCGAUGUCCGACUGAAGCUGUGAGCGCUAAACUUCGAACCGCAAGGACCUCCGAGACUUGUCGGUAUCGACAGCACGAAGUUACCAGCAUCAUGGACAUCGAACGCAACCUUCGUGUAGGUAUGGGAGACUUUAUCUGCCAGAGAUUCGUGUGUUGUGUAGGCUGGGACCGUCAGCUAUUCGUGUGGGCCGAUAACAAUGACGAGUCCGAGGCGCUUCCGGUGCAUGUGCUUCCUCCAGACAGCGACGAUGAUAGCGAUGACUCAGGACAUUCAAGACGUGGCAGACGACGGCGCAGUCGACAGCAUCAUACGAUGGAUGUACUCGCGUUGGCGUACUUGCCACCGGCUUAUGUGGCGACUGCGGGGUUGGAUGGCUUUGUGUUGCUAUGGUCACUUAACUCUGGGGAGUUGGUAGCUCCACUGCAUCAGAAUUCUGGGCCCAUUGAAGCGCUAUGGUACGCCGAGAAGCUCGAACUCCUGUUUGCUGCAGGCGAGCGAGGUGUUUUACUGUGUUUCGAUCGAUCCAUGGCUACUCAAGCUGAGAUUCCACUGGAUGUGUCAGUUCAAAGCUCAGAUACUUCUGCUGGCAGUCUGGAGUCGAUCACUGUACUGCGAUGUGAUAAAGCCAACACGCACCUUGUCUCCGGAGACGCUGUCGGUUGUAUCAAAGUGUGGGAGCUUCGUAUUGCACGAAACCAUGAAGGAGUGGAGCUUGCGUUGGUCUGUACGUGGCGUCUUGGCAGCCAAACCGGAGCUAUGAGUUCGCUGUCUGCUCCAAGUCGUCGCGUGCUUUGUGCUGACUUUGUCGAGAAUGUAUCUCGCGUUCCUGAAUUGUUUUUAGUGUUCUCGUGUGCUGAUGGGGAGGUGAGUAUGUGGACGUUAGACGGCGUAAAAGUUGGCAGCUUUGGAGGUCGCCACCGCGCGUGGCAACUCGGCCGACCAGCUACCUACGCGUUCUCCCAAUCCUGCUGUGACUGGGGUUGGCUACCUCAACGAAGGUCUCAAAUGUCGUCUAUUAUCCGUGAAGAAGCCGAAGAAAUGGACGACACAACUACCAAUGCACUGCAGCCUCCUACGUCCGUCUUCAUCAAGAACUGUGCGAUCAGUGCCCUCAAUUGUUCAAUCUCGGAGCCACGCGAGAAUUUCUUGCUGGAAGACACCAUGCCGAAGCCCGGAGAAGUCUGGAUGUGCGUAUCUGGUCACCGAUCGCGAGCUGCAGCGCUGAACGCGGCCAAGAAGCAGGAGGGUACUGAUAGCGAGGAUAGUUCCAUGCGUACUGGUCGAAAGAGCUUGGCGCUGUCUACUGUGGGUAAUGCUGCCAUUCUCAGUCGACGAAGCAGUCCAUUUGGAUCCAGCAACAACAUUCAGCAACGGAGUCUGGCGACGACUUCGUAUCUCAAGAGAAAAAUCGCAGACGUCAAUGGAGAACUCACCGAUCUCAUCACAAUUGUCAAAGUCACUCGAGGCGAGAUUUUUUACUGGGAUAGCGCAGCAAACAAGCCACUUCAUGCAUUGAAAGUGCUAAGCAUGAGCGACUUUGUACGUAAAACUGGCUGGACCAAGCACGCUCUACUCUCGCACUUCAUUGGACGCACAUUCUUGGAUGGCGAAACUUGCUUCCGCGUUGCAGCCAUCGUCAUGCGGUCUCUUGAUCCGACAAAACCUGACAAGAAAACUUACACCUUGGUCGAUUCGGAGGCGAAGGACCACGCGCUCCAGCCACUGAAUGAAGCAGUUUCCUCUGUUCGGUUCAAGGCGUUUGAGUCGUCUCGAAGUGAACAAUCACAGCGCAAUGCCGCGCCAUCCUCACCGCGUCGACGAACAACUUUUUCUUCAGUUUCCGGUAACUCUUUGGGGACCCAACAAUUGCAGACAGCGAUGCAAACUAUGACUGUUGCGGAUCAAGCACUCAACGACCUGAUCGCAGGCUCUACUGCCAAUCCAUCAUCAAGAGGUAGUACGCCCGAAGCGCUAGCACUGGCCAGUAGUGUUGGCAUGGGAGCUCGCACUCUACCGCUUAUUCGACCGCGCGAGAAGCGUGUUAUGGGUGGUCUCCUUCCAAAACGCUCAUCUGUGCGGAACCGCAUGGACCCUGCAGCAGACAUCCGUCGCAUUCACAACCCAGACGAUAUCCCAAAGAACUUCCGCGCCAUGCUACAGCGGAAACGAGAUAACAAGGAUAGUAGCUUCGAGGGGAUCCUCCCUGAGAGUUGA